GCGGGAGUCCGCCGGUAGGGAGCUGCCCCAGCCCGUGAUUGGAGGACGGCGUGCCACGUGCACAUUUCUUUACUAUGCCACAUUGAGCUCGUUUGGUUUACCUGACAGGUCGCUGCUUUGAACGGUGUUGAGGCGUCUCACAAAGGUUUAACUGCAGCUGCAGAGUGAACAGAGGCCAACGCCACAGACUUUUAAUGCAUUAAGUUUGGACUGAGUUUUUUAAAUAACCGCAAUGGCUUUGAGCUCAUUUGACAUUGAUGCACCACGAUGGGAUCAGUCUACGUUUAUGGGCCGACUGAAACACUUCUUCAACAUCACUGACUGUCGAACAGCGCUCUUACCUGACUCUCGUCUGGAUGAGGCCAAAGCUUUAGUAGAAAGCUGCAGGGCAGGGUCCGUCCCUCCCGGCACCACAGUGGAGCAGCUCCACUACGCCAAGAAGCUGUACGACUCGGCCUUCCAUCCAGACACAGGAGACCGCAUGAACCUCAUCGGCCGCAUGUCCUUCCAAGUCCCUGGAGGCAUGGCCAUCACCGGCUUCAUGCUGCAGUUCUACAGGACAGUUCCUGCUGUGGUGUUCUGGCAAUGGGUGAAUCAGUCCUUCAACGCUCUGGUCAACUACACAAACCGUAACGCUGCCUCCCCAAUCACUCCCAAGCAGAUUGGAGUCGCCUACGUUACGGCGACCAGCACAGCGUUAGCAACGGCAGUCGGACUCAACCUCUACACAAAGAAAGCUCCUCCUCUCGUGGCUCGCUGGGUCCCUUUUGUAGCAGUGGCAGCAGCCAACUGUGUUAACAUUCCUAUGAUGAGGCAACAGGAAAUUCUGAAUGGCAUCGCUGUCACAGAUGAAAAUGGGAACAAAUUGGGCCACUCUACGAAAGCAGCAGUAAAAGGCAUCACGCAGGUGGUCGUCUCUCGAAUCACCAUGGCCGCACCAGGAAUGAUUGUCCUCCCCAUCAUCAUGCAGAGGCUGGAAAAAUACAAGUUCAUGCAGAGAAUCACGUUUCUCCACGGACCAAUCCAAGUGAUGAUGGUGGGCGUGUUUUUGAUCUUCAUGGUGCCAGCUGCCUGCUCCCUCUUCCCUCAGAGAUGCUCCAUGGCGGUGUCGAAGCUGGAGCCAGAGCUGAGAGACUCCAUCAGGUCUCAGUACGGAGACAGCAUACAACGAGUCUACUUCAAUAAAGGCCUCUGAGGCCCUCUCGUGUGUCACCGACUCGACACACGAGACUGGAUAGAUAGCGUAUGUGUUUACGUAAUUUGUCUUAGUCAUGAUGAAACACUCUGUGACUUCAUCAUCCUUAAAUUGGUGCUUACUUGUGGGAACUUGAUGGUUUUUGAUCAAUCAUGUCUAUUUUUUUUUUUUUUUUUUAAUCAGAUUAUGCUUCUUCUUCUUUAGGGUCAAAUGAUUUCUGUUUUCUUACAUCCUGUUGAGAAACCAAAUGAUCUCCUCUCAGGAAUAGCUCAUUGCUUCACCACAUUAAAUCUCUGUGUUAGUUUGUUUUUCAUGGUGCGACUCGUCUGUAGUUAUUUUCUUUCGCCUGUGUAGUGUCUCAAUGUUGGAAAAUGUUUCAGUCUGCCAAGCCUUGUUACAAGCUGUGCCUUCUACAAAGUGGCAGGAACAACAACGCUGCUAGAUUUCCUUUUUUCUUUCUUUUUGUUGUUUUUUUUUUAACAGAUUAUUGGAUUAUUGGCUUUACUGUGAAACCAGAAGAUUCAGUGGUUCAGUGUUGGGAGAGAGAAGCUGUCAUAUGUGGAAGUUAGAUGAUUAAAAGUGGAGGACACUGCCCUCUUCUGCCAGAACAAAGGUAGACGUUUGACUUGUUUGCAUGAUUUAUCUGAGAGGUUUGCCAGUCAGAUCAUUUCACUGUGUAUACUCUGACUAAGCUGGAAUAAAACCACACAAAUAUUUGGAAUAUAGUA